AUGUCGUUAAUCUUCCGUCGUGGCCUUGCCACCGUAUCUCCUUUUAAAAGUGCUUCAAAAGUUGUAUGCAUUGGGAGGAACUACGCAGACCAUAUCACAGAGUUGAAUAAUAGCAAGCCCAAACAGCCAUUCUUCUUCCUCAAACCACCUUCCUCAAUCCUUCCUCCAAAUGGUGGAGCUGUCAUCCGACCAAAGGGCGUAGAUCUACACUAUGAAGUAGAAUUGGCCCUGAUCAUGGGGAAGCAGCUCAAGAAUCUCGAGCCAGAAAACGAGAAGGAGGCUUAUGAUUCUAUCGAAAGCUACGCAAUGAGUAUUGAUAUGACUGCUCGCAACGCCCAAAACGAGGCAAAGAAGAAGGGUCUUCCCUGGGAUAUUGCAAAGGGAUUUGAUACAUUUCUCCCAAUGAGCAACAUCAUCUCCAAGUCUCAAAUUCCUGAUCCCCAUAAUGCCACCGUGUGGCUUACAGUCAACAAUGAGCACCGACAAAAGGACUCUACAGAAUUGAUGCUCUACCGAAUUCCUAGAAUAUUGAGCGAUAUCUCCAAGGUUAUGACUCUGGAAAAAGGUGACAUUGUCUUAACUGGUACACCAAAGGGAGUUGGGUCCGUGAAACCUGGAGAUGUUAUGAGAGUCGGCAUCAGUGUUGGGGGUAAGGAGUUGACGGAAGGAAAGAUCGAAGUUGCAGUUGAGGAAUCGACAAGUACAUAUGAAUUCAAGGAGACUUGA